AUGUCUUUCCCUCAACUAGAACCGAAACCUCAUCUUGGACUAUCGACCGUUUUAGAAUCUCAGAUUUAUAUAGUAGAUGAUAUCCUGACCCAUGAUGAGCUGCUGGGCUUAAUGGAAUGGACCAAGAGUAUGGAGAUGGAAGGUCCUAAGAAAGCCGGUAAAGGAGAAGCUGAACGUACUUCUCGAAGAUCAGCUGUUCAUUCUCCUGAGAUAGCGUCAAAACUUUUAAAUCUCCUCUCACCUCAAAUCCAAUCAUUAAACCCCACCACUCCUAUUCAGCUCUCACCGAAUAUACGUCUUUAUCAUUACCCUCCUAAAACAUACUUCAGACCGCACUACGAUACACCUCAACUGGAUCCAACCUCCCGACGACUGAGCUCUUGGACGAUCUUGAUAUACCUCACCACUCCCAUAGGUGGCAGCACCGUAUUUCACCUCUCAGAUCCCAAUGUCACCAAGCAGAAGAUCGGAACGGGCUCAGAAAUGGGGAGGCGAGAAAGACUCCUUGUGGAGGCAAAAGCCGGUAGAGUUUGUUUUCAUUGGCAUGGAGUGACGAGGGGUGGCUGUUUAUUACAUGAAGGUGAAGAGGUCUUGAGUGGUGAUAAAUGGGUAUUGAGGACGGAUAUCCUAGGGUGA